AUGAGGGAAAGACGGGGACUUUGUACUAGUAGGGAACGAACACUGUUGGAGCUCAGAGCCUGGGAGACGAUGAAACGUUUCUUUCGACCAGUAGAGAAAGAUGGGUCUGCCAAAAAGCCCACUCUUUCAUCUUCUUCAGAAAAUGGAGAAAUUUCAGGGGAGGGCAGCAAGAAAGAGCCACUUAAGUUCAUAACGUGGAAUGCUAAUAGCUUUCUUCUCCGGGUUAAGAAGAACUGGCCUGAGUUCACUAAGUUCAUCACGAGCUUUGACCCAGAUGAAGUAAGGAUGCCUGCUGCUGGUUCAAAGGAUGCACUUAAAAAUCCAGGAGAGUUGAAAGAUGACACUAGCUCAUCACGUGAAGAAAAGCAGAUACUAAUGCGUGCCUUGUCAAGUCCGCCCUUUGGAGAUUAUCGUGUUUGGUGGUCUCUUGCAGAUUCAAAGUAUGCAGGGACUGCAUUGUUUGUAAAGAAGUGUUUCCAACCACAAAAAGUAUUUUUCAAUCUUGACAGAAAAGCUUCAAAGCAUGAACCAGAUGGCCGAGUCAUCUUAGCUGAAUUUGAGACCUUUAAUUUGUUGAAUACAUAUGCUCCAAACAAUGGUUGGAAGGAGGAAGAAAAUUCAUUCCCAAGGAGACGAAAAUGGGAUAAAAGGAUUUUAGAGUUUGUUCUGCAGUCUUCAGAUAAGCCUCUCAUAUGGUGUGGUGAUCUGAAUGUUAGCCAUGAAGAGAUUGAUGUGAGUCAUCCACAUUUUUUCAGUGCAGCAAAGCUUAAUGGUUACGUUCCUCCAAAUAAAGAGGAUUGUGGACAGCCUGGAUUCACCUUGGCUGAGAGGAAGCGUUUUGGUAACAUAUUGAAAGAGUAUGUGACUCCACUGGAAAACUUUGUUUCCAUGGGAAAGAGUAGAAAACGAGCUAGAAUGGCCAAGAAAGCUGCUCCUGCUAAAAAACCAGAAAAGGCUGUCAAAUUUUCUACUGUGAUGGAUACUAAGAAUAGGCUGAGUUAA